AUGGACUUGCUGGCCAGUGAGAACGGCAAGGACGGCAGCAAAAACGAGGCGGGCAGCCACACGCACGAACAGAUGAAGGCGCAGACAGCCAUGCGGGCCGAGCUGAUUCAGACCAUGCACGACCUUCGAGCUGAGAGAGGUCGUAUGGAUAGUGCUAUGAAGCAGAGACAGGCCAUUCUCGAUGCUAUUGAGCAUUGCGAAAAGACCAGAAUUGAUGUCCGCCAGCAGCUUCGCAAGAACGCGCACAAAAUGGCCCAGGAGAUGCAGGAGGAGCAUUUGCGCCUCAGCCAAGUGCCUUUGCAGCAGCUUUUGCCCGGUACAUGGCAAGCCCAACUGGAGGAGGACUGGCAAGAGGCACGCAUUCGCCGAGCUGUACGCGCAGAUCCUUUUCGCAGGCCAGCAAGCCGAGAGCGUCCAUGCCACCAACCCCGCAAAUGCUGCGCAUGA